UCCAAACCUCUUAAACGUUUUUAGUGCAUUCCCAUGGCAAGAAUCGCAUGCCCUCGAGCGCUCAGACAGUGAAACUGGACCCAAGUCACCAAACAGUGCCACCCCCCACCCUCCCCCCACCGGAUAAACCACACACACGCAAUGGACGACGACUACGAUGUAGGCACCGGCGCCGCCGACGAGGAGCUCUCAUUACCGAAAGCGACCGUCACGAAACUGAUCCAUGAAAUGAUGCCUCCGGAUGUUGUUUGUGCGAAGGAGACGAGGGAUCUGAUUGCGGACUGCUGUGUUGAGUUCAUACACCUGAUAUCUUCAGAAGCCAACGAACAAUGUGAGAAAGAGAACAAGAAAACCAUCGCGGGCGAGCAUGUGAUCAAAGCAUUACAAGAACUAGGAUUCGGGAGCUAUGUACCAGAAGUGCAAGAAGCAUUUGACGAACAUAACAAGUCAACGAAGGAGCGAAUCAAAGGAUCACAGAAGAAGGAAUCGAAACACACCGACGAGGAGUUGGCAGAGAUGCAGGCCGCCCUAUUCGCGCAGGCAAGGGCACGGAUGAACUCGAGAGAUAUCUCGGCAGAGGGCGGCUCGGGGUGAUUUUCUGGAUACCAAGUGUAUCGGGCUUCGAUCAUCUAUUGAGCUGCCAUGUAGAAACAAUUUUGAAACUGUGUCACUACUUAAUCACUCAUCUUUCGCUUAUGACUAACUAAUAACCUUGAU